AUGGUCGACAUGGAAGUUUCAAUGGAGAGCAAGCUAGAGGAUAAGGCCUUAGACCAGCUGGACGACGCCGAGAAUGCCACGAUGAGCGUGGGCGACGUAGACUGGGAGGACCUGGGCACACAGCUCUACUAUAUGCUGGGCGAGUGCGCGCCCGAUGAGCCUGGCAACGUCGUGGCACGUCUGAGGCAGAUAAUGUCCACGCAGUUUGUGACGAAUGCGGACGUGGCCAACGAGACCGAGGAGCUGGACCUGGAGAUCAGCAAGUAUGAGAAGGCGGCCGAGGAGCAGCUGAGCGACAACAUCAAGAAGGGGAUCUUGCUCGGCGCGCUCCAGAACGAACGCGACCUGCAGAAGUGCGUCUUCCGCAACCUGCGGAACCUGGUCACCUUCCUCGACAAGCCGAACCACGUCAAGGACGAUUGCCGCAAGUUCAAGCGAGAGAACGGGGCCAAGGCGGGAGCAAAGAAGAAGGCCAAGGAUGAGGAGAAGCAGCGUCGUGCCAUGGCGGCGGCACUGGCCGCAGGUGGUGGCGCGGUCCCUGCGCCAGGGUGCGACGGCGCUGGCCGGCACUCGCAGCACCUCACCCACAACGCGGUGUGCAGGGAGCCGCAGCAGCACGCCCCGAAUUCAUCGGGGGCAGCCUCGACAGCGAGCACGAUCCCGACGGUGCCGACGGGCGUGCGCGGGAUCAAUGGCCUCCUUGCAGAGCAGGGCGCGACCAGGCCGAAGUGCAUCUUCGCCCUGGCGGCGGAGCACUCGAGGCCGAGGGCGAGGUCGGCGGAGUCCAGUGGAUCGAGGCGCGGCGAGAGCAGCGACAGCGUGUGUGUCUCAGGCAUCCACGGGGUCAGAGGGAUCAUGAUAGACUCUGGGGCCCAGAUCACAGCGUUCCCCUACGACAUGCUGAAGGGCAAGGGCUACCUGCGGGCCAUCGACGGUGCGGAGGUGCAGCGCUACGGCAAGACGGAUGUUCGGCUGAAGACGGGACAGGACGUGAUUCAGAUCUCGGCGGAGGCGGCCGACGUGGAGUUCCCAGUGAUGUCCACAGACGCGAUUACGAAGCAGGGCAAGUCGGUGAUCCGCUCUCCCCUGAGAAACUGGAUCGUGGACAGCCCGAUCUCACCCCCGGCGUCGGCGAACAAGAUCAAGCUGAGGAAGGAUCGUGGCACGUGCUACCUGGAGUGCGACGAGAUGCUGGGCGGCUCCUCCGAGGGCAAGCGGGCGGUGCGCAUGGCGAGCAUCGGUGAGCUGGGCGAGAGCACCGGCGGGGUGGGCGAGGUCAUCGGUGAGCAGCUGGGCGAGGAGCUGUACCUCAGCGCGACGCGCAAGACCCUGCGCGCCCAGGUCCCAGCCACCGAGGCCCGACAGCAGCUGCCGACGGCGCUCGGGCCAGACCCCAGCGAGAACGCCACCUUGAAGGCGAAGGCGCUCGCGAGGCCUGGACAGCCCUCGGACGAGGAGAGGCGAGCCCGCGCAGUACAUCAUCUCCCUUUCAGGCCGUGGUGCAGCGACUGCGUCAUGGGCUGCGCGAGGGGCACGCCCCGCGAGGUGAGCGCGAAGCCGAAAGGCGACGACGAGUACCCAGUCGUGGAGAUGGACUUCGUCUACGUGGCCACCGACGAGAUAGCUAGGAAGUACCCCAUGGUGUGCGGCUACGUCGUGAAGGUCGUCGACUCCAGGAAGCUGGAGCACAGGGGGCGUGGGGGGCUGCCCGCGAUCCUGAACGUCGUGGACUGCAGGUCCAACGCCUCAGGCACGAUCUUCGGCUCCAAGCGCAUGGGAGACUACAAGGCGCACUUCGUGGCCAAACUCAUCGGCAGCUGGGGCCGCGCGACGGUGAUUCUGCUCGCGGACGGCGAGAAUGCGAUCGGCGCUCUGGCGGAGCAGGUGAAGAAGCUCAGGUCGCACUCUACGAUCGCGCGGCAGGGCCCGGCGUGCUCAUCCACGAGCAUGGGGCGCAUCGAGGCCAGCAGCGGAGCAGCUGCGGAACUACUCCGCACGUUGCGAUUUUCACUCGAGACCAAGUUAGGCUGCACGCUCGAGCUCUCGCACUCCAUCCUCGCCUUCCUCGCCAACGCGGGCAAGUUCGAGGCACGCUUCGCGAGGGGCAUCUGGGUGGGCAAGUCGGAGUUCGACGACCAGCGCCUGGUGGUCGACCUGCAGCGCGGCCUCCUGAAGGUCCGCUCGGUCCGCCGCAUGCCUGAGGAGUUCCGCUGGAACGCUGAGGUCGUGAAGCAGAUCGACGUUGCACCUUGGGGCCCUGUGCCUGAGCGAGUGAGGUCGAGCAUCAGGAAGUCUAUGUCUAUCACCGAGAAUAUGUUGAGCACUUACGGCCCGACGGACAGCUGCCCGAAGUGCACUUGCGGACGGGGCCAGCACAGUGAGCAGUGCAGGCAGCGUUUCGAGACCAUCGCGCAGGAGAGGCUCGAGGCGAAGCUCGCGGAGGAGGCCUGGGACGGGGCCGCCCCAGGCGGCGGCCUCGAGUCCAGCGGCAGAAGCGUCUUCCACGGCACCCGCGCCAGUCGCGGCGCCUGCGACCCCAGGGUCAUGGUCAUCGCGGGCCUCUCAGUCUGCGAGCUGGCGGUCUGCGAGGAAGACGACGACCAGGAGGGGGGCCCGCUCUGGGACCCGAUGCCGAGGGCUGAGGAGCGGUGUGAGGGCUUGUGCGAGGCGCGCGUGGGCCGCUGUGCCUACCGACACGAGCUCCAGGCCAUGGCUGAGCACGGCGUCUACCGCAAGAUCCGCAUCGCGGACUGCGAGCCUGGUGGCAAGCGCGUCGGGGGCUUCCCCGUCGCGCGCGAGAAGGCUGGCGAGGCGUUCUUCAACGGCGACCUGACCGAGAAGAUCUACGUCCACCCGGGCAGCGAGCUGUGCGAACGAGGCUACUUCUGGGAACUGUUCAAGGCCCUGUACGGUUGGGGGCAUACUAUUUCUUGCUAUGUUAUUCAUCGGGAACUGUUCAAGGCCCUGUACGGGACUCGACUGGCCAGGCAGCCGUGUGGCGAGAACGUGAAGGCUACCUCGGACGACGCUGGAGGCAAGGCGCUGAAGUGCGCCCCUGGCAUGUUCUAUUUCGCCAACCUCUGCAGCGACGGCAACGACGCCGCGAUGGGGGUCCACGGCGACGACUUCACUGCGGAGGGCCAUGUCGGGACGCUCGACCAGCUGGGUGACGUCCUGAGCGUGGGGUACGAGAUCACCUCAUCGCCGCCGCUGGGGCCUGGGCACCCUGGAGUUGCCCGCUGCCUGAAGCGCGUCUGCGGGUGCGUAGACCAGCUGCCCGAGACGAUGCUGCCAGACUUCUUCUGGCACGCAGACCCGAAGCACGUGGCGGAGAUCAUCAAUUUCGGAUCCAAGGAGGGCGCCAGGGCGGUCGACACCCCAGGCACCAAGGCGAUCGGGGCGCAGCUGCGCAAUGCGACGGACCCGAUGCCCACGACAGAGGCACGCAAGACAGCAUCAGCGGGAGGUCUCGCGUUCUACCUGGCGGCGGAUCGGUCCGACAUCAUGUUCGCGAGCAAAGCCAUCAUGCAGGACGUGAGCAAGCCGAGCCAUCAGAUGAAUGCGAGGCUCAUGCGGCUGGCCCGAUACCUUGAGGGACACCAGGUCCUAGACUGGUGCUACGGGCUGCAAGACCUGCCGAGUAUCCUGACGGCCGACGGCGAUGCAGACUGGGCGGCCCCGACGGUAGUGGCACGCAAGAACACAUCUGGAGGCGCGAUCAGGUUCGGCAAUCGCACCUGGGAGUGCCACUCGGCCAGCCAGGCCACCCAGGCUCUCAGCAGUGGCGAGUCGGAGUUCUACGCGCUCGGCUCGGUCGCGGCGCAGGGCUUGCAGAUGAAGUUCUUCCUGGACGAGGUCGGGAUCGAGGUUCGCCUGGUGGUGGCCUCGGACAGCGCAGCCGCGCCGGGCAUGGCCCCGCGGCACGGAGUGGGCAAGGUCCGCCACUUGGAGCUGCGCCACCUCUGGAUCCAGGAGCGGCUACGACUCCAUAUGUUCGAGCUCGUGAAGGAGGACGCGCGCAAGAUGGUGGCGGACGUCCUGACGAAGUAUGUGAACAAGGAAAGCAUGGCGACGCACCUACAUGAGCUGAACCUGAGGAUGACGGAUGCAGCCAUGAUGGUCUCGACUCUCCUGGUGAUCCCUGGCGCGGUGGCGGCCAAUGACCAGUGCGAGAUGGACUACGGGGGCGAGAAGCUUGAGGCAGUGCAGUCGGGGGAUUUCCCGUGGCUGCUGGCGAGUUUGGUCGUGGUGCUGUGUAGUAUCGCGUACCUCUGCGGCUGGUGCGUGGGCAGGCACAAAGCGGUCUCCCGGACGGCCGAGGAGGGCCCAAGAGCGGCACUGAUAGGCGAGAGGCACCAGCACCGCGAGGAGUAUGCCGAGUCGAAGCAGCAGCCGAGCAUGCAGGCUGGAUGGAGGUCUUACACCGUCGGCGAGCUGCGGGAGCUGCUAGUCGAGCGGGGCCUGGUGCUCAAGGACGGCUACACGAGGAAGGAGGAGCUUGUCGAGAGCGCUGGAAGGAGCAACCCGACGGAGAUGCAAGUGAUCACCCGGCUGACGAAUGAGUGGAAGGACCACGGGAUCGACGUGAAGUGGCGGGCUCGCAUGCUGGCGAGCGGACGUGACAUCCGAAGGAUGCUCACCGCCACCGCGGAGGUCAUGAACCGCCUGCGGGAGCGCCUUGUCUGA